AUGGCGCCUCCGCUGCCACAGGUGGCCGUCUGUGCCGUCAUCCUAGUGCUGGUGCUGCUGCAGGGCGCUCUCUACGCCCGGCGGAGCACGUGGGUGAUCACCCAGCCGCUCGCCAGCAGUGGCGGCGUGGUGUCUGUGCCUGAGAGCGUCGCCGGUGCCGUGCCGCCGCCCGGAGCCGCGUUUCCGUCCGCGGAGCAGGUGCUGCGACGGGCGGGGAUGCGGCGGGUGGACCCGCCGACGGCGAAUGCGUCGGCGAGUCAGGCGCCACCGUCCGGCAAGGACUGCGGCGAGGCCUCGGGCGAGUUUCCGCGGCACCGCAUCCUCAUCGUGCACGAGCAGCACCUGCAGUCGAUGGGCUGCGACGUGCGGCUGCUCCGCUUCGUCAAGGACCUCGUCUACCUCAACCAGGAGGUGUCGAUGCUCUUUCGCGGUUCGACGCCCGCAAAGCUGCGGCAGCCAAAGUCGAAGCAGCUCGCGUCCAUCCUGCACAUCGACGGGUUCGAGGAGGACCAGCUGCGCAAGGGGCUGCGCGACCCGCCCGGGCUGUACGAGUGGACCAACGCGACGCGCUUCGCGCAGCUCGUCUCCAAGGGACACUUCAACAUCGUCAUCAUCUUUCUGUGGUUCUGGUACGACCCGCAGCCAUCGGUGGCGGAGCUUGUGCUGCCCGUGCUGCGCGCGUACGCGCCGGCCGACAAGCAGCCCUUCGUCGCGGUCCUGUCGGACGACGCGCACGCGAUCCGCUCCUCGCGGCUCGGCGAGGUGAAGAUCUCUCUCCGCUCCUCUCCUCUCCUCUCCUCUCCUCUCCUCUCCUCUCCUCUCCUCUCCUCUCCUCUCCUCUCCUCUCCUCUUCACCUCUCAUCUUAUCUCCUCCCACCGCUACUACACACUGCAUCCCCUUACAUUGCUCCAUACUCAACCUGA